AUGACCCCUCUGGCCGUCCCCAAGACGAUCGUCCGGAUCAAAGGGGAUUUCGAAGUCUGUUUCGAAGACACAGUGGCGAGCACCAAUAGGACCGAUGGGCUAUUGCUUACAAGGGCAAAUACCACGCCCAUUCCGACACGACGGAGUAAUGGCAGACACUUGAACAGCAACGGUUCUCCCGGGGGCUCUGGCUUCCCUCGCCGCGACUCACUCAUAGCAGCAGACCAUGCUGAGCCGACGCAACCCGCGAACAUCCAGGAUCUUUUAGAAUACAGGCUGAAUGUAGCGAGCCAAUCGAAGGGAACGUCAUCUGGAGCCGAGUCCAGCUCACCAGACGAAUCACAUCUCACAGCGAAAGAGAUCAAGGCAAUGUUAUCUGGCGCACCUCACUUUCUCCUGGAAAAGGGCAAGUAUGGCCGAUACUAUCCACAGGUGAUAUUUCCCUGGGACGAACAGAACCCUGUCAUCCAACAUAUGUGGGAUCGCAAGCCAUUGCCCCAUGCCUCUUUUACCCUAAGCACACUCCACGCUCAUCUACCACUCCCGGAGGACUGGGCUGUCAAGGGCGGGGUGCCGAUGCAAACGCUCGACUGGCGCCGCUGCAGUGCGGCUGCUAUAAACAGGGCGACGUUUGACAUUGGUGUAUUUGAAGUACCGAAUAUGUUAUCGAACAACGGGAAAGAACCCGGCACCAUCGGAUUUCGAAAUUUCCUCGAGUUACCUGUGGCGGACGCGGUCAAAUACACCGGCCCCGAAAAGCCAAGGAACGCUCCGUAUAUCCAGCAAAUAUCGACUAUGGGGGCAUCGGGGGCGUUCGAUUUGAUGGAGGGCUAUAGCAAGCCGUAUUCCCAAUGUCAAAGUGGUGCCGUUUACGAUCGACACAGGCUCAUCUGUGAAGGGCCCGAGGCUUGGAAGCGCAUUGGAGUACGAGAUGUCAGUCUUCAAUCGCUUGUGGAACGGCUGGAACACUUGCGCAAAUACCGCCACGAAAUGCUCACAGAGAGCUCGGGAAAGACUCUCCUGGAUCUCGAAAGCCCGCGAAAAUUGUAUGACGACUUAUACACAAAAUUCCUUUACCCUCGUCCGCCAUCUAGCGAUUCUGAAGGUCAUCCAGAAGGUGUCAAGGCUCAGAUCAAAACCCUGGCACUUGUUUUGGCCACGCCGGGCGCGUGGAUCAAUUUCAGUCUACCCGAAUGGCGCUUGCGAGCCGGACAGGUUCUGUGGGAGGCAUCACUACAUGGCGAUGGAGACUGCAUGGACCCGGGACCAGGCAAUGAGAAAGUACCGGAGGAUAUCUUGACCAAGUCCGGGAUGGAGCGAAAGUGGUUGCUGAUCCAGCUGCUCCUCUCUGCUGAGCUUCUUCUUCGCCUGGACGCAUUUGUUCGGGUCGAUAUGUUGCAUAAGCCGCAUGGGGGCCAUAUCACGAUACAGGAGAUUCGCAAAUUCGAUAAAAUGCGAGAGGGAAAGCUGAAUUGGGAUCUGAUCGUUGUGCGUCGGUUCCUCAACAGUCUUACUAUCACCUGUGCGCCGCCGCAGCCAGCACCAUCUCCCAACGGCUCGCGGUCAAGGGCCUCAUCUAGCAAAUCGCCAGAGAAACCCCAUCGCUUCGGAUUGCUCGAUAGCAUCACCCGGCGUCACACUGCUCCUGUUGCGAAUUCACACUCCGCCUGGGACUGUCAACUGAGCUCGUCGCAUGUUCGACUGCAGCUAGAGGGGCUUUAUGUGUUUGCGGAGAACGUUGGAUGGCCAAGGUUGGCCGCACUGAAAGCUACAUUGGAACACAAACUCGGCGAACCGAACAAUCCCCUGCUGCCCGACUUGGUCGUCGAUGACAAGUGGGGACAGGAAAAGAUCACCAAGGAAAUUUUACUGGCCAAGGAUGAUAUGUACACGCGAAACCCCUGCCGGCGUCGCGUCAAGCUUUGGGGCUCCGUUGAUCCACGGUCUAAAUACCUAGGCUGGAUCUCGCGUUCCUGGCUCUCCGGAUUCGUGAUUCCCGGAGAGGCGAUCAGUCACCUUCUCAUGGCGACGAUCCUGGAAAACGAUGCAGACGCGCUAAACCAACUGGGCUCAAUUGCCAACCUCUACGGAGGAUUUGUCUACUGCGGACGGAGUUGGUGGAGCAAGGCAUGCGUCGUUGGACGCGUCUUGUCUAGUUCCACGGGAGCCAAGACCUGCAUGGGGUGGAUCAGCAGCAAUGUGAUGCCCCGGGAUGCGAUCACAGGGGAGAAGGUUGAGCGUGGUUGGCUUGAACUUCCUGUUGAAGAAGUUCCGCGGGUCUCGAGCAGGCCUCGGAUCAGACAGGGAGCUAAGCUUGCGUACGAAUCGACUCCGCUAGGCGUUGGUAAAAUCACAGCCGAGUCCUUUACGCUUCCGAUGGACGACCCGGAGCCGGAUGCGAAGCCCGGAGUGACAAUCGAAGAGUUGACUCUGACUGCCGAUGAUAACGGCCGACCGGAAGGGAGGGGUAUUACAUCUGCCCAGGCGUCCAUCUCGUUCCUGAUCGACGACGCAGGAAAUGGCGCGGGUUCGGCUACGGUUCGUUUCCCUCUCAAGUAUAACGUGCGCUUCGUCUCCGCCCAUGAGUGCUGUCCGCCGUUGGGGGUCGCGUCUCGCAAGGGUUCCACUCGCGAAAAUGACGAAUCGCAACAGCCUAAAAGACCCCUGAACAAGUACAAACGACUACCUGGCCAUCCUCUGCACACCUCUUAUCGAUACAAGUAUGUUCCCUUGAGCGCCCUUCCCACUACCGCCGCGCCGCAAGCCAAAUCGCAAGACCCAGAGGCAUCUCAGUCACCGGAGAUUAUCGUCGUCGACGCGCGGGGCAGCCGAGAGAGAGAGACGUUCGUCCGGGCGUGGUGUGCAGCUGUCGGAUGCCAUGCGAUCAUAAGUCGGUCCGGCGGAACUCGCGUCUCUUGCUGUAUCGCGUGUUCAAUUAGACAAGCGAGAGCCAUCAGUGCGAUGGUCGUGAUCCGAGUUGGCGAUUGA